AUGGCACCAAUUCCAAGGUUGAAUUGUAUCAACAAUUUCAACUUUUUCUUUCAAAAUUCAACAAAGAGGCUACGAAUUGAACAAAAUUUUCUUUGCAAUCAACUACUUUCUCGAAGAGUAACGGUACGGAACUUUCAGAAGGGAUUCCCAUUAUCUACAACCCAACCAAGAUCAUCAGACUCCUCGUAUAUAAUAGAAAAUGCCAGUCGAAUUUUGAAUUGUCAAGAACCAGAAGCAAAAGCUUCGCAGAGUAUGAUACCACCGGAACUGAAAAUUCCCUUUAAAGUGACCCCAAAGGAAGCCAAAACUGUGACUGCAGACCCAGUAUCUAUCCCAAAGUCCAAAUCUGAAUUGAAAUCACUAAGUACCGCAUAUCUCAAAUUAACUAAACCAAACUUGACAGUAUUGGUCACUUUAAGUGCUAUAUGUUCCUACGCGAUAUCUCCGUAUUCCGUGACAUUACAAGAAUUGAUAUUUUUGACCGCGGGUACUGCAUUAUGUUCUGGGGCCGCCAAUGCCAUCAAUAUGGGCCGUGAACCUGAAUUCGAUAGGAAAAUGCCAAGAACUGUAGGUAGACCAGUUGUCCGUGGAUUAGUUACUCCUUUACAAUCUUACAAUUUUGCCGCAUUGACAGGUUCCUUGGGAUGUACCAUGUUAUGGUUUGGUGUGAACCCCACUGUAUCUAUAUUGGGUUUUGCUAAUAUUGUCUUAUAUUCGUGGAUCUAUACUUCCCUCAAGAGAAAAUCGAUCAUUAACACCUGGGUUGGAGCUGUUGUAGGAGCCAUUCCUCCCUUGAUGGGAUGGGCUUCUUCCUCACCAUUAACCCUUCCUGGGGUUUGGUGUAUUGCUGGGCUUUUAUAUGCCUGGCAAUUCCCCCAUUUUAAUGCGCUUUCCCAUAAUAUCGCCGAACAAUAUAAACAGGCUGGAUACGUUAUGGCAGCUGCUGAAAAUCCAAAAUUAAAUGCAAGAGUGGCCUUGCGUUAUUCUAUAUUAAUGUUCCCUCUCUGUUUUGGAUUAAGUUACUUUGGAGUAACUGAUUGGGUUUUCCCCUUUGAUUCAGCCAUUGCUAAUGGUUGGUUGACUUACUUGGCUUACCAAUUCUGGAAGCAACAACAAUAUAAUUAUCGUGAAGGUCACAAACCAACUAGUGAAGGAUUAGCAUUGGCUGGUAUUCAUGCAAAGAAGUUGUUUUGGUGUUCGGUGUGGCAUCUUCCUGCGGUUUUAAUCUUGGCUAUGUUACAUAAAAAGGAUCAAUGGAAUAGACUUUUUACUUAUCUUGGCAUCACUAAGGAAGAGACAUUAAGUGCUUAG